CGAGCGGCCGGCCAGCCGCCCAUAUUUCUGUAUCAUAGCUGCUGUCAAUCGGGACGCCUGCUGCAUGGCGCUCCUCCGACGUCAUGGCGCUGACUGCCACCUGGCGGCGACGGCGACAACUAGUGGGCCGGCGCGGCGGCGCCGGUAGUGCAGUGCGGCCGGCGCGAGGGGGAGGAUGGCCGUCUAUGGCAUCCCUAGCAGUGAUUAGUUCGGUGCUAGCGUUUCUCCUGUACUACAACACACUGGACGCGGAGUUUGCAUACGAUGACAGCCGAGCGAUCAAGACCAACCCGGACAUCCUACCGAGCACGCCGCUCUCCAGCCUGCUGCGGGACGACUUCUGGGGCACACCGCUCAGCCACAGCGGCUCGCACAAGUCCUACCGGCCCAUCACCGUGCUCAGCUUCCGGCUCAACUACCUGGCCGGCGGCCUCCACCCCUGGGGCUACCACCUGGUCAACGUGCUGCUGCACUGCCUGGCCUGCGGCCUGUUCGGCCAGCUGUGCGCGCAGCUGCUGGGCGCCGCCUCGCCGGCCGCCUGGCUCGGCUCGCUGCUGUUCGCCGUGCACCCCGUGCACACGGAGGCUGUUGCCGGCGUGGUGGGACGUGCCGACGUCGGCGCCGCCGUCCUGUUCCUCCUCAGUUUCGCCGCGUACGGGCGAUAUCUGCGGCAGCGUGACGCUCGCGACACCGUGCGGCCCGCGCUGCGCAAUGGAAGUGCGUCAGGUCACCACCACGCGGCGCCACUGCCGCCGCCGCCGCGACACUGGCGACAUCUGUUGGCGUGCUUUGUCCUCGCCGCGGCUGCCAUGCUCACGAAAGAGCAUGGCAUCACAGUCAUGGGCGUCUGUGUGGUGUACGACCUGCUAGUAUACAACAAACUCACCACGAGAGAUCUUUCACAAUUCUUCUCAGCGCGGUACCGGCGCGUGCUGGAGGGCCCCGCACUGCUGGUGGCCAUGUCGGCCGUGCUGCUCUCGGUCCGGCUGCUGGUGAUGGGCUCUCGGCCGCCCGAGUUCUCUCCGUCCGAUAACCCGGCCGCCGACAGCGACUCGCUGCUGGUGCGCACGCUCACCUUCCUGCACCUACCGGCCGUCAGUCUGGGCCUACUGCUCUGCCCCAGCACGCUGAGCUUCGACUGGUCCAUGGACGCCAUCCCGCUGGUGACGUCCCUUUCCGACCCGCGGAACCUGCUCACCCUGGCGCUGUACGCCGGCGCCGCCGCGCUGGCCGUCUCCGUCCUCACCCAACUGCAGGCCGACCGGCGCUGUUACUACGUGGAGCGCGUGCGCUCCUACCUGCGCACCCAGGACGCCGCCGGCUCCGACGCCGAGUCCGAGUCGUCGGCGGCGUCGGCGGCCGGCGGCGGCGGCCAGCUGGACGCUGUGAUACUCGGGGCCGCGCUGCUAGUCAUCCCCUUCCUGCCCGCCUCCAACUUGUUCUUCUACGUCGGCUUCGUGGUGGCGGAGCGGGUGCUGUACGUGCCCUCGAUGGGCUACUGCCUGCUGGUGGCCGCCGGGUUUCGGGCGGUGCGGGCCAGACUGGGCCGGCGAGGCCGUGCGCUGGUUACCGCGCUGGCUGUGGCGCUGUUGGUGGCUCUCACAGCGCGCACAUAUGUGAGAAACUUGGACUGGAGGACAGAGGAGAGACUCUACAGAUCGGGCAUCGCCGUCAACCCGCCCAAAGCGUACGGCAACCUGGCCAACAUCCUGAGCUCCAACGGGAUGAAGGAGGAGGCCGAGCGGGCCUACAAGAUGGCCCUCUCGCACCGUUCCAACAUGGCCGACGUCCACUACAACCUGGGCAUUCUCUACCAGGAACAGAAGCGGUACGACGAGGCGCUGCAGUCCUAUGACAAGGCAAUCCAGUACCGACCAAGGAUGGCCAUGGCGCACCUGAACAAGGGCCUAGUAUUGGGCCUGUCGGGUCAGCGGGACGCUGCCGCCGCCGUCUACCGGCACUGUUCCACGCUGGACGGCGCCGGCCUCAAGGACCCGCGCACGCACGAGGCCACCAAAAUAUCUGCGCUGUUCAACCUGGGCCGGCUGCACGCCGACGAGGGCCAGUUUCGCCAGGCGAUCGCCGUUUACCAGGAGGCUAUCGAACGGAUGCCACCGCACUAUCAGCCGCAGAGCCUUUACAACAUGCUCGGUGAGGCGUACUUCAAGAUGGACAGUCUGGCGGAGGCCGAGCACUGGUACCGCGAGGCGCUGCGCGUCAAGCCGGACCAUGUGCCUGCCCACCUCACCUACGGCAAGCUGUUGGCCAAGAUGGGCCGUCCUGCGGAAGCCGAGACGUGGUUCGUCAAGGCGAUGGAGCUGUCGCCCAACGAUCCGGUCGUGUACCAACACUAUGGCCAGCACCUGGCGGACGGGGAGCGGCUGACGCAGGCUGCUGCCAUCUACCGGCGGGCGGCCGAACUGGCGCCGCACGAGUACGAGAUGGUGUUCAACGCUGCCAACAUUCUCCGCCAGGCGGCGCGCAACGAGGAGGCCGAACACUACUACCGGAUCGCCGUCCGGCUCCGGCCCAAUGAGGCCACCAGUCAUAUGAACCUGGGAGCGAUGCUGCACGUCAACGGGAAGCUGGCCGAGGCUGAACAGUCGUACCUUGAGGCGCUGCGCAUCAAACCAGAUGACCAGAUCACCAAGACGAAUCUGCAGAAACUAAGACACCUGCUGCCCGGCGGCAAGAAGGGCAGAACGCGCCGAUGAGAGGGGCAGUCUCCGUCAGUGGAGUGGCGAGAGGGGCGGAGAACGCCUCGGCCGCCACAGGGGAGAGUGGGGAGCGGGGCCGAGCGACGCCCCGACCUGUGAUUGCCCGCCGCGCCGGCGGACGGUACUGUGAUGCUGCCUUUGGACCUGUGACGUCAUAGGACCACUGGGCCGCUCGUGUGGGGCGUUAUUUAUUCGCGACUGGGCGGCCGCCGGUGCAGAGGGCGGCGCCGGACCGCACGGUGGACGGGCCGCCCUCGAUAUUCGACCAAAGAUGUGUUACGCGGCGGACGCAAUUGUUGGGCAAUACCCGGCGUGUGGUAGGCUAGAGUCGUGGAGUGCACUGACGGCAUGUAGCGAGAUUUUAUUGCGAAAACAUAUAGCGAAUGUGCAACCAACUGUGAUGCUAGAUGUAAUAAACGUCUGACUGAGAA